GGAGAGAGCGAAGCGAGUGUCUCCCGAAGCAUCCUUCCUGACGAAGCAAGCGUCGCCUGCCGCGCCUUCGUCUUCUGCCGCCGCAGCGACUGGGCCGACGAUCUCUCCGCGCGCCUCGCCCUCUCGCCGGCGACAUGACUCGCUCCUUUCCCAACAUGUACCGGCUCCGAGCCAGGGACAAGAUUAAGAUGGCAAUCAAGCGUGGGUUCAGCGACGAGGAUGAGGAGGAAGUGGCACAGAUGUCAGGCCCAGUGGACUUAAAGGAGGCCACUCACGCAGACAAGAUCACAAAGGAAGCUUGGGCUAAGGUUAUGGUGCACAGGAAGGCGUCUGCCUUGACAGCUGCCCCGCGGACCGCGACAGCCCCCACCCCUGCCAUGGAGAACGCCACAGGCCCGACCCCUACCUCGGAGACUGCCCCGACCCAGGGCCGGCCCUGAGGGGGGGCAGGGGGGGCGACCGCCCCGGGCCCCCAAGGUCAAGGGGCCCCCUCCCGAAGGCACGCACGUAGCCGGCCGCGAGGAAGGCCAGGGACGCAGGCAUCGCACAGCCCGCUGACGCGGAUUUCCUUCAAUUUCGCAGGCGCAAGUCACGGACGCAGACACAGCUUCCCUUCUUCUAUGGUAGCUAUUCCUCAUCUAGUGGAUCUGUAGGUGUAUGCCGUCAUGUACAGAUGUAGUUCAUUCUCCUUUCAAUUCAGAUCGUUAUUCCA